GAAUGGCUCAAGGUGUAGGCCCUGAGUUCAAACCCAAAUACUGCAAAAGACCCCAAAAAAACCCACAAACUUAGAUGGCAAGAGUCAGUCACUUUAUGUGACCUCUUGAUGCAAACAAGAAAUACAGUACCCACAAGAUGUAUCAGGCUGCUGCCACCAUAACAUGGCAUACUGUUUAUAAGCUUCUUUUUCUACAAGUAGGAGUGGUACACUCCAAUGAUAAAUAUAGUAAAUACAUAAACCAGUAACGUUGUGAGUUAUUGUUAUCAAGUUUUAUGUAGUGCACAUAAAUGCUGUAUAUUUUUAUACACCUGGAAGCAUAGUAGGUUUGUUUCCACCAGCAUCACAGCAUCACAGACACAUGAAUAACGUAUUACACUAUGAUGCUACGACAGCUACUGGGUCACUAGGUGUUAGGAAUUUUUCAGCUCUGUCAUAAUUGUAUGGGGCCACCAUCGUACAUCAUCAUACAACACAUGAGCGUAGCCUUAUUCCCACCACACAGUACAUAUACUCCAUAAAUAUUUGUUGAACCAUCUGACCUUGCCAGCUUUAUACCCAUAUUGCCAACGAAUAAUACUCCCAUUUCUCAUAGACACAAGUGUUACUUUAACCCUUCUCUGUCCUAGUGCUCUUUGGGUCCCUCUCAACUCUUUUUAGGUGCCUCAGUAAAUAUUUAUUCUGGAACCUUCAGAGGUCAUGAGUAAGACCUAGCAGAGAACUAAGAAACUAAGAACUAAGCUGGAAAGAAGUGUAGGCCUUCCAAGCCCAGUCUUCUUUUAUAGAGGUGAACGCUAAGGUUCAUAAAAGUGAGGUGACCUGUCCAAAUCAUAACUUGGUGGCAGAAACUGGAGCCCAAGUUUCCUUAUUUCCUACCCAGUGAUCUUAACUAGAAGGUGAAAGGCAUAAUAAGACUGCUGCUAUUGACCUUGUUAAGCUACCAGUUUGGGCAAACUCAGAAACAGAUGUACUGAAAGCCAGAGAUCCUCUUUUAUAUAGCAUCUCAGGCAGGCAGCUGCAGAAUUUGGAUUUUGGGUCAAGAAUCCUGGAAGACUAGUUGUGGCAGAGGGCCUUUGGGUGAGACUCAGUGUUGGCUGAGUGCCAGCAGCACACACUCAGUUUGCCAAGCUGAUGGCGGAGUCUAGGGACUGGGUCUGAGCAGCAUAAGGCUCUCCCACAACCUCUGACCCCUUUCUUAGAGGCAGAGGAGAGGGUCAGCACCAUGGACAGCCCCACGGCCCCGCCUUCCUUUAGUAUGCCUCAGAAGAGAAACCCAGGACUAGCCUGGCCUGGGGACGCGCCCUAGUCACUGCCUGCUGAUCUAAGUGGGCAAGGACUCUUGUGUAUCCCUGUGUAAUCUCCAGCUUCUCAUUCUUCUGGUCAAAUGCUGCUUCCAACGUUAACUUGAGACACGAGGUCUAGUGUCACAAGAAACGCCCCUCCGGGGGCUGGACACCGCUGGACCAGAAGCCACGGGUGUCAUUGCUUCUACAAGCAAUGCAUGUUCUUCGCUGACGUCAGUCCGAGCUGUCCUGGCUCUAUAUAAGGCUGGCGGCGGUCCCGGGACAGACCCCGUAUUCCCUAAGGCGUCCUCAGCCGUCCCGGGGGACAGAGACUGGAACUCUGCCUUGCACCAGGCAGACGCUCUCCGACAUCCUGUGAGUGGCUCACAGCAACCGUCCAGAUUCCCUCAGCACCAGGACGACUCUGCGCUCAGCCCACCCACCAGGACCCGCCGGGAGGGAGGGAGGGAGAGAGGGGUGGAACAGGACUGGCGCAGCGGCUGGUACUGGUGGGCAGCUGUGGGCCCUGGGCAGUAACCGGAGGGUUCCGGCAGCGGUCAUGGCAGCGGACGUGUGCGGGAUGGGGGUCGCUCCACCUGCGGCUGCCCCAGGCACACCUCACCCUAUGCUGCCCCUGUGUAUCCAGGUCCGGCGGCAUCAUGAGGCAGAGGGGAUGCGUGGCGCUGCUGGUGGCGCUGCUGCUUCUGGCACAGCUGCGCCCUGGGAGCAGCCAGUGGAGCCCCGAGGCGGAGACCCGGGUCCAGGACCCGAAUCUGCAAUGGAGACCCGGGACGCGGAGCCAGGGUGGUGGAGCCCGAGCGCUCCUCUUGCUGCUGGCGGAGCUCUUCCCGCGCCGCGCAGGGCCAGCGCAAUGGAGAUCCGGGACCGCGGGUAAGCGGCCGCGACGGGACGACCCUCCCCUGUCCAUUGACCUCACUUUCCACCUGCUACGGACCCUGCUGGAGCUGGCCCGGACGCAAAGCCAGAGGGAGCGCGCUGAGCAGAACCGCAUCAUUUUCGACUCGGUGGGCAAGUGAUCGACCCGUCUGGGUCCACGAAAACCUUGAUCCCUUUCCCAGCCCUGGGACUGGGACGUGCGCGACCGGAACUGACCAGUCCCGCGGUGCAGAGCGGCCCAAAAACGCCCUGAGCACUCCCUGCGAGGCUGUUUUUUAAUAAAAGUGCUGAAGAGCCUUUGGCUUUUGUCGUGGGGGCGCGGGCAAGCACAACAGGGUGGGAACCCGUGGGGCCACCCAAGCUGGCAGGAGAGACCCAAUACUGGGGGUGGAGGAUGUCCAAAAGAGCGGUGUUCAGCCCGGUCCCUGGGGGUCCCAUCGUCCUCCCCUCCCCCAGCCAAAAUCCCGGAACUCUUGAGGACCCGGCACCUCCACACCACCCUGGACACUCCUCCCAGGGUACUUAAUGCCUCCCCGGCAU